CAGAUGGCAGUCAUGCCUAACCAAACAAACCUAUAAGCCCUAACGACUACAAACCCUCUAUUCAUCGCUGCUGCACCCACGAUCCAUGCCACCGUCGUAGAUCCUCUCUCUCCACGUUGCAGUUGCCCUCAAUGAACUUCGCUCUAUGUCGCCACCACCACUUCUUUGAUCUAGGUCGGCACCUCUAUUCACAACCGUCUCUGCCCACAACCGUCUCUUCUUCUCGUUACAGACCAGUUGUUCCUCACAUUAGCAGUUAACCAAAGAUAUCGAUUAGAGCUUAGAAGUAGGUCGAGUUCCAUUCGACGGUCAUCUCUAGCUGUUGUAUCUUACGCUCAAUCGCAGGUUGUCUCUUACAGUCGGUUAUCUCUGUUCAAUCGUUCACCAUCCCUGCUAAAUCGACUCUGCAACUACGAUUCUAAAACCGAGAACUCUACAAGUCUUUAUGUCUUUAUCAGUUUAUUGUUGUAAAUAUGUGCACGACAAUCCUGAGGAUAUCACAAAAGAGGAAGCUUGUUUGGCCGCUAACCAUGUGAAUGAAUUUGCUACACAUGUAGUUGGUUCCCCUCUAACCGAAGCUGGUGAAGGAGCUACCAAUCUUCAUGUAGACCAUGGAGUUGGUGACCAAGACCUUUCAAUGGCCAUGAAUGAAACGUCAGGGUCAGGGUCAGAGUACAUGUUACUAACUUUGAAGCAUGGUCUGGAAUUAUUGGAGCCUUUGGUAGAUGUGCCUGUUAUUUGGUGUCCCUUGAUUUGUUGAUAGUCUUAUUGAAGAAAGACUUUGUGAGGAACCCAUUAAUGAGUUUGUUCAGAGCUAUGAUAUUGUUGUCUUCAACAAGAUCUAGUUCGAUAAUGCUGUUGUUGCAAUUUUGUUGUUUCGCUAUUGUUCUUUCAUGUUGUUUUGCUAUUACUUUUUUUUGCUGUUUUGAGACUGUUUAUGUUUAGUUGUUUUGUAGUUUGUUGUUGACAUGUUAAAUUCAAUUUGUUGCA